UUUGACCUCACAGACAGACAUUUUAAACAAAUCUUUCGUCUAGACAAAGACAGUGUGAAUUAUUUAAUAAAUUCUUUAAGACCUAAUGCCAGGGUAAGAAAUAUGGGAAUUCCAUUUGAAGUAAAGAUGUUCGCCACUUUAAAUUUUUUGGCAACUGGGUCAUAUCAAAAUGUAGUAGGUUGUAAUGCUUGGAUAUCACUAAGCCAAUCUUCUAUAAGCAGAGCUAUUUCACAUAUAUGUGAGUUGAUUGUUCAAGAACUGAUGAGGGUGUGGAUAAAAUUUCCAAAUAAUGAGGAUGAAAAAAAUAGAAUAAAACGAGGAUUCUAUGAAAAAUUUAAUUUUAGAGGUGUUAUAGGUGCUAUUGAUGGCACUCAUGUUGAAAUUUUAGCUACACCUAUGAAUGAUAAUGAACAUCCACCUUUUGUGUAUAUUAACAGAAAGGGAAAACAUUCAAUAAACACAAUGCUA